AUUAGAACAUGUGGGAUGUGGACAUGGACUAAAAUUUACAAAAAUUAAUACGCCCUUCGAGGUGUUAUUGAUAGCAGCUGAAAACUCUCGUAUGAAAUUACCAAUCGAAAAAAUUGAUAAAAAAACUCAAUUACAAAAAGAAUCGACUGGUUGGAAAAAGAUACGAAAUUAUCUAAGAAAACCGUUUGAACUUGAAGAAGGAUUUAUUAAGAAUGAACCAGAUUAUUAUACGGCUGUUUAUACAACAGCAUUAAGACCAAAAUUUGAAGAAUUAUUCACAACGUUACGUGGGUCAAUAGAUAAUUAUUUCACACCAUCUGAAAGAAGUUUAUUAACAUAUGAAUUACUUUCACGUGCGCGAUACGAAUAUCAGGACAUUCAAAAUGGUGAUACUUCUGGUCGUCCUUAUCAAUCACUCAAUGAUCGUGAGAAGUUACAGAAACAUUGGGCUACAAUGAAAAAAUUUUAUAAAUAUCAACCAUUAGAUUUAAUUCGAUCAUAUUUUGGUGAAAAAGUGGGUUUUUAUUUUGCUGCUGUUGGAUUUUAUAGUCAGAUGUUAAUAUUACCCGCUAUUGUCGGUUUGAUUAUAUUUAUUUAUGGUGCCGCAACUGUGCUUACCGAUACACCCACAUCCGAUAUAUGUGAUAGAAAUGGUGCCGGCAACUACACCAUGUGUCCUCCUUGCGAUGUAUCAUGUAACUAUUAUCAAUUACACGAUAGUUGCAUCUAUUCUAAAAUCUCCUAUGUUUUUGAUAACACCGCCACUGUUGUGUUCGCUGUUUUAAUGUCUCUAUGGACAAGAUUAUUUGUUGAACUAUGGAAACGUCGUCAAGCUAAACUUCAAUACGAUUGGGAUUCAAUUGACUUUGAAGAACGUAAUGAGCCAAUACGACAAAAGUUUGAGGCAAAAUAUCCUGUAUCAGAUCCUCCCUAUAUUAAUCCUAUAACAAGGGUUGAAGAACCAUAUGUAUCUUUUCGUAAGCGUCUUCCAUUUUAUAUAAUAGCGGUCAUUGUCGUGCUUGUCAUGGUAUCAAUUGUAUGUGUAACUGUAUUUGCCACUGUUGUUUAUCGUGUAAAUGUUGGCUAUUACUUAAAAGCUAAUUCAACUACCAAAGAAUAUGCAGGCAUUAUUAUUACAGUAACAAGUGCAGUUAUAAAUUUAGUAAUUUCAUUAUUGUUUCAAAUAUUUUAUUAUCGGAUAGCUAAAAAGCUCACAAAUCUUGAAGCUCACAAAUAUCAAUCCAGUUUUGAUGAUUCAUUUACAAUCAAAAUAUACUUAUUCCAAUUUGUUAAUUUUUAUUCGUCAUUAUUUUAUGUAGCAUUUUUUAAAGGAAGAUUCUUUGAAUAUCCUUCACGUUACGGUUCUGGGCUUGGUGAUUUUACAGAACAGUGUGAUCCAGCUGGAUGUUUAAUAGAAUUAUGCAUACAAUUGAUUAUUUUUAUGAUCGGAAAACAACUUAUUAAUAAUGCAAUUGAAUUUUUUUCAGCAAUAUUUCGUACAUGUACAAAAACGCAAACCAAUUUAAAACAAUGGGAAAUUGAUUAUUAUUUAAAUGACUUUGAUUCCAUGACAUUAUUUGAUGAAUAUUUAGAAAUGAUUAUUCAAUUUGGUUUUGUUACAUUAUUUGUUUGCGCAUUUCCACUUGCGCCAUUGUUUGCUUUAAUAAAUAAUGUAAUAGAAGUUCGAUUAGAUGCCUGGAAAUUUUUAUCAAAAUACAAAAGACCAGUUGCUUUUAAAGCAGCUGAUAUAGGUAUUUGGAUAACAAUUAUGAGCGGAAUAUCUUAUCUUGCAGUGUUAACCAAUGCAUUUGUAAUUGCAUACACAUCUGAAUUUAUUCCCAAAACUGUUUAUCGUUCAACUCAAAUGGACUCAACAAGUUUAGUAGGUUAUGUUCGUUGGACAUUGUCGGCAUUCAACAUCAGUGAUUAUAGCAAUAGUACAAAACCUGAGGCAAAUACAAACGUUACAGUGUGUUACUAUCGAGAUUGGCGUCAAACAGAAUAUCCACAUGAGCACACAUUAACUUACUGGGAAGUAACAGCAGUACGACUAGCAUUUAUUGUUGUUUUUGAGCAUGUCGUUUAUUUUACGGUGUAUCUUAUGCAAUGGAUAAUUCCCGACGUUCCAAAGAAGAUUCAAGAGAAAAUUGAUUAUGAAAAUUACAUUGCUCAACAAGUACGAUGGACAAGUUCAACAAUAAAAACUCAAUUGAAAAAUGCUGUUAAAGCGACAGCUGUUGUCUCAGAUAUGAAUAGAAUAAUGACAGCGGAUAGUAAUUUAACAGAGAGCCAAAAAGAUGACAAAAAUGAUAAUACACGGACACCACAUUCGACGGAUGAAAUAUCAAUGAUGAGAUAUAAAAAUUAA